AUGGAAGUAACGGUUGAAGGACACACCGUAACCGCACAAGAGCUCCAGUCAGACUACUGGACACCAGUUAUAUAUAAAGCCUAUGCCUCCCGACCGGCCAAUUCGCCGAAACCACCUCAACGCUCAGACAACGCUACCUCCGAGGCAGCAAACCCGAACGCCAGGAACGCGGCACCCGACGCAGCAGCCGCAACUAGCAGCGGCAAGACGCCGGCCCGCCUACCACCUGCAACCAAGGAGGCUCGCCUCACAGUGCAACGCAGCAAGCAACUGCCGCCACUCCCACCCAACGCUAUUAGAGUGGUCGUUCGCCCGCGAGGUGAAGUGCGACUCCUUGACAUCCCAACACCUCGACUCUGUAAGGCAGUGCAGACCCAGCUCCAAAUCACUCUACCGGACGACUUCUGCCUUCGCAUCCACCCCACCAACAAUACUUUCACCAUGGCAACAACACAUUUCCCAACUGCCGAGACUCUGAAGACGCUGACCUCCCUCACCAUUGGAGACCGAACCUACCCGUGCGCAGCUUACGUGGCACCCCCACCGGGGGCUACCAGAGGAGUCAUUGCAAACGCCUAUGACGACGAGACCCCAAUGCAACUCUACCAAGACCUGGUCAGAAGAAAUCCAGAGCACACCAUAUUAGCAGCCCGACGCAUGGGAAAGACGCACUCCAUCCUAAUCACCUUCGACGCAAGCGCAGUCCCGAACUCCAUCAAAUACAUGGGAGCCAUCCACCGCUGCACCCAAUACCGCGGCAGUCCGGAAGCCUGCACAAAUUGCAGACAACCGGGUCACCGCCAUGACGUAUGCCCAAGCCCCAAGACCAAUCUCUGCCCCCGCUGUGGGAUACAACAUCCGCAACAAGAACCUCCUUGCACGCCUAAUUGCAUUCUGUGCGAGGGCCCUCACCUUACCGGCACGGGAUCCUGCAAGGGACGAAACCUUCACCAGACACGGAAACAGCCGAGCCACCCACAAACGCGGCAUCAAGAAUUGAUCACAUCCGGGGACAAUUUUCCCCAGUUGUCGCCCAAUCAACACAAGCAAGCCUGGACAGCGCCGUUGAAGCAAGCCUGGGACACUCCCCUCUCUUCCCACAAGCACAUGCCAUCCAUGACGGCGACUCCCAAUCUGCAACACGCCCUUGCAAAAUCCCAGGAGGAGGCAGCGGCGGCCAAAGCAGAAGCUACAGCAGCCCGGAAAGAAGCCGCCGCCCUUCAUCAACAUAUCGCCAAACUGGAAACCCAGAUAAGUGCUCUUGCCUCUGGAUCUCCCAUUCCACCUGCUCCCGCUCCUGCCGCAUACCAGCCUCCCACCCCCAACCCACCCACCGCCCAUACCUUACCCAGUCACUCCAACCCUACUUCCUCUUCUGAUUUGCUAGCAAUGGAAGCUGACACCGAACCCUCCGCAAAUUCAACUGCAUGCACAGCACCCACUCCCCCCACCGCUACCUCACGAGACGACAUUCCAACCCUGCUCUCCAAACCGUAA